GAGAAAGAAACACUUUUUUCGAUUGAGGGACGCAAAAAUAAAAAUGUGAAAAAAAAACCCCAAAAAGAAACAAAAAUCGUUAAUAGAGCCUAGGAUCGAUAUCUUCGCCGCUGAAAUCUGGAGAUUGAUUUGAGAAUUACAGUGACUGAGACUCGUGUCCGUCAUCUGAGAUCGGAGAUUGAUGUGAGAAUUACAAUUACAGUGAUUUCUCUUACCUGUGAUUUUGUUGACUGUGUUUGUAUCAUUUUGUGGUGGAGGAGGAGGAAACUAUUCUCUAGGGUUCUUCUUCUUUAUUUUAGAUGAAGUGAGAAAACUUGAAUCAGAUUACUCGUUCCUUCUACCUAAUCGGACAAAGGAAACAAACCCCUAUGAUCGGACAAGAGAGAAGAAGAGGGGGAUCAAACAAAGAUGCAUGCUAGGCAACGUAAUCUUGGGAAUGGGUAUAGUAGAUCUGGUUCUAUUGGAAUGGGUUCUCGAAUUUCCCCUGAUCGUCCUACUAUGAGAGGACAUGGUUUCAAUGGUUCUGAUCACCAGCACCGUGGCUUUAACCGUGGAUACGGACGGGGAAGAGGACGCUCUAAAUCAUACCAGAAUCACCUGCCUCCGCCUCUCCCUCAUCCACCUGUGCAACGUAGAAGUGGUGGCGGUGGCGGUAAUGACGUUUUCAUGGAGGCAGGUCGUCUAGCAACAGAGUACUUGGUUUCUCAGGGUGUUUUGCCACAAACUGUGCUUUCCAAUAAAUGGCAGAACUGUAGUAAUUUCAGGAAGCAGUCUGGUGAGUUUCAGAGUUCCAGGUCACAAGAUGCAUCGCGAAUGGAUGCUUCAGCUCCUCCACCAGAUAAAAGGAGGUAUGUUGAUGGCUACAGCUCUGCUGGCUCCAGGAAUAGUUUGAAAGGAAGGAGGUCUCACUCUCACCGUUAUGAUUCUGAUUUUGGGAGGAGCGGAUCUUGGUCUGAGAGGAGUAAAGCUUUUGAGGCCGAGACUGGUGAUGACUCUGUGUCUGGCCAUCAAGAAGAGCAGCCACUUGCUGAGGAUAUCGCUAGUUCUGUUCAGCGGUCAGCGUCCGGUGAGUUCAUGAGAAAGCGUGAAGGAGCGGGUGACUCUGAGUCUGUGCUGGACAAGUACAAUCUCCAGGAUGAGGCACAGUCUAAGACUGGUUCCUCGAGUGCCGGGAAAGAAAUAGUACACGAUUGUGAAAUCUCAAAAGUAUCCGAAGGUUCUUCUAGCUUGAGUGCUGGAUCAGGAGAGAUGAAAGGUAGGUCUGUUGGUAAUAAUGGUGGAGAGAAUGAUAACCAGACUGCUACCGAAGAUGGAUCUAUCCAUCAACGUUUUGAAGAUGCAUCUAUUGAUCAACAUUGUGGAGCUGAUGAAUCAUUCACCAAGAGUGAUAUUGAUUUGGCAACGCUUUGUAAAUUUGAGAAGGUGCCUACGAGGACACGCUCUUCUCUGACUGCCAAAGGCCCAAGGCAUUAUUUGAGUCAAAAUAUCAGGGAGACCACUCAUAAUUCUGGACUCGUAGAAGAAGAUCAAACCCGAAAACGAUUUGAGACUCGAGACCAAUCAUCUGGAAAAGCGGAUAGUACUGGCGAUGAAAAUAUCAGUGACCAAGCUGAAGCUUCGGCUCUUGUUCAAUUUGUUGAGAAUAGUAAAUGUCAUAGGUCUAAUUCUUUCCCCAAUAGCAUUCUCAGGGAUAAUAGUGAGAAAGAUCCAGGAUUAGAAUUGCCCAAUUUGCACAGAUCACAUUCGGUGGGGAAAGUAGGUGAGAAACGGGUUUGUGAAGACAGUGACUUGGAGGAGGCAGCAAAAAGACAGAGAGAUUGGGUUCCUUUGCCAGUUUCUGAAGCCAAUGAACGCGAAACCCAAUGCAAACCUGAAGAAGAAGAAGAAGAAGAGCCAAGCUCAUUCAACAAAAGACUUAUUGACCGUGCUGCUGGAAGAAGGUUCAGCAAUGAAAGUCUGGUUAAAAACUCUACACACACGGGCGAAACAGGUCCUGGGUAUGCUGAAGAACAUCAGCUGUUUCCUGCUUCGUUUAAGAUCUGUGACCUAAAUCUAGGGGGAGCGUCAGAUGUGAAUGAUGGCAAAAGGGGAUCUGGUAAAGCUGUUGAUUUUGAUCUCUCAAUCAGCAGUUCUAGUAAGUCUCUUGAGUUCAGUACCAGUACUCGGAUGAGCAAUGGUAAAGAGAUAGAAGUGAUUGAUUUGGAUGAUGAUUCUCCAGAGGUGGUAAAGUCCAGCAAUGAUCAGGGAAGAAAGCAAGAAGCUGCUCCAUAUAUGGGGAUUGAUGAUGUUCCAGACUACAAUGAAGGACUCAUGAUGGUAGAGUUUCUUGAUUCCUUUGGAAACAUUCCUCCAAUAAACCCGGGUAGCAGUAGUGUGGCACAGAAUAACAACGCAGUUAGCCUUCAAGAUCGAGAGGGAGCUAAUGGAAAUGACCAAGUAGCAAAUAACACAGACGAUGAUUCGAUAUUCAUGUCACUGGGCGAAAUACCACUGACAUUCUUGCAAGCUUGGGACCAACCUCCAGCUCGAGGCUACGAGAAGCCUUUCUGAUUCGCCUUAUAUUAUGUAUCUCUGUCUAUCUCUCUCAGUGUAAUGAGUGUGUAGCCCAUAUCGUUUGCGUUAAUCCUCUCGGAUGUAAGAUUUGUGACGUUUUGUGUUUGGUGAUCGUAACCUUGUAAUCAUCUUCUGUUUAUUCUCCA